AUGGACGCGCGCGCGGGGACGUCGCGGCCGCGCCCGCCGGGGACGGGGCGGCCGCUGCGUCCGAACAACGGGCGCGUCGCGCGCGCGCCGUCGGUUCCGACGACGAAGCCGUGCGCUCCCACGCUGGACGUCGUCGCCUCCAUCGCGCCGCGACCGCCGCCGCCGGCGUCGAAGCGCCAUCACCACCGCGCCGCCGCCGGUGGUAAGGAGAACGCCGCCGCGUCGUCGUCGUCGUCGUCCGGUCGCGCGGCGUACCUGAACGGGCCCACCGGCGAGCGGUUCGCGGGGCUCGAGCGGAGCCGGCCGUCGGGGGCGUCGGGACGCGCGCGACGAAAGCGAUCGUCCCGCGACGACGACGACGGCGACGACGGCGACGGCGACGGCGGCGGCGGAGGCGCGGUCGGAGGCACGGUAUUCAAGCCGCCGCUUCCGCUGGGCGAUCACGAGAUGCCGUUGAGACGCGCACACAGCGCCGGGAGCGCCAUAUCGCGGUUCAUGGCCAAGCGCGCCGCGGCGAGGGGCGGCGGCGGCGGCGGCGGCGGGAACUUUCGCGGAUGGAUCAGGAGCGACGUCUUCAGGGCGGACUCUUCGGGGGCGUCGCCGUCGUCGAGCGCGAGCUCGAACGGCGGUUCGGCGAAGAAACACCACCGCGGGAGCAAACCGCGGUCGAAGAGCGCGUCCGCGUCGCCGUACGCGGCGUCGCUCCACGGAACGUCGCCGCCGUCGGCGUCGAAAACCGCGGCGAGGUUGUUUCGCAGCCUCGGCGGGCGCGGCGCCGGCGGCGGAGGGUCGAAGCGCGACGACCGCGGGUCCCCGGGGUCGUCGUCGCCGUCCUCCUCCUCGUCUUCCUCGCCGCCGCCGCUGCGGUCGAGCGGCGGCGGGCCCUCGUCGUCGUCGUCGUCGUCGUCUCCGGCUUUUAAGAAGAGAAGCGUCGACGGGCGGACGCGAGCGCGCGCGUCGAGGGCGACGCGCGAGGGAAGAGAGGGAACGAAACAGACGCUGCGAGCCAAGGUGGAGACGUACCGCGAGAGGGUGAAACAUUUGGAGGACGAGAAGGCGACGCUCGCGACCGAGAAAGAGGCGCUCGUGGAGGAGAGCCAGGCGAAAGAAGACGAUAUGAUGGAGCUCAAGAGCAGGAUCGAAGCGUUGGAGAUCGCCGCGUCCGCCGCCGCGACCGCCGCCAUGGACGCCGCGACCGCUUCCGCCGCGCAGAGCUCGGCGCAGUACGUCGUGAGCCCAGAGUUCUCCCCGCCGCGGAUGCCCUCGGCGCACGGCCGCGGUGGACCCGGCGGCGUCGACGACUCCCCGCCGAGGUGGAUGAACAACGUCCGCGCGGGCGGCGGCGGCGGCGGCGGCGGCGAGCGCGCGAGCUCGAGCCCCCAGCGGCGGGGAGGGGCCGCGACGAAGGCGCGCGAGGAGGCCGGAAGGUCGUCCCCGAGGAAGGCGCCGGAGGAGAGAGAAGAGGAAGACUCUAACGAGGACGAGGACGUUGCCGCCGCGCCGGAGAGCCCGCCGCCGACGCCGCCGCGCGCCGUCGCCGUGGCGCUCGCGCUAGAAGCCGCCGCCGCAUCAGCCGCCGCCGCGGCGAACGACGAGAAAGAGGACGCCGCGACCACGCCGCCGUCGUCGCCCGGAAGUGGAACCGUCGGGGAAGAUGAACCGUCGCCGUCGUCGACCGACGCGACCGCGACCGCGAACGCGACCGCGAACGCGCUUCUCUCCUCGCCGCCGAUCGUCGCGGUGUCGCGGUCGCGACCGGCGCCGCGCGCGCCCUGCCUCGCGUGCGCGGCGCUCCCGGGCGUCGCCGCCGAGCGCGACCGCGCGGUGAAAAACCUCGAACGCGCGCUGUUCGAAUCCCGACGCCUGGGCAACGAGUACGCCGCGCGCUACGCGUUCGUGGUCCUCGACGCGGACAGGGACGGGCGCGUCCACGUGGACGAGCUCUUGCGGUACGAGCUGUUCGCGUCGUACGGCCAGGCGGUCGUCGAGCGUAUGCACGCGUACUACGAGUGCGAGGGGUCGGGGACGCGUGGGAGCCUCGACGAGAGCGAUUUUUGCCGUCUGUCCGCGAUGGCGGAGGACAGGGCGGGGAGCGUCGCCGCCGCGCGGUUUUGGUUUCGGGUGUGCGACGUGGACGGCGACGGCGUGAUCUCCGCGCAUGACAUCAAGUGGAUGUACGACGCGAUCUGGAAAGAGGAAGGGACGUGCGUGAGUUUGGAGGAUUUCGUGUGUCAGAUUUUCGACAUGGCGGGGAAGAAGGGCGGCGGCGACGGCGACGGCGUGACGUUUCAGGACAUCAAACGGUCCGGGCUCGGGAGCGGGAUAUUCGGCCUGCUCCUGAACCACAACGACAUGCUUCUGCGGCGCAGCACCGCGGAGUUUUCGAGGAGCGACGUCCCGAUGUGACCGACCCAACGCGAUCGCGACUACCUUCGUUAUAUCAUAGUCUUCUACGUGCACUACCUAUUAGACGACAAA